AUGGCGUACAGAGUAGCGGAAGAAGGGGCCUCCCUGCAGGACAACAUUCUGCUGCCCGCUGGGGGCAAUUGGUCGCUGGACGCAUCGGGCCUGGACGCUUCGUUGCUCAGCGGGGGCGGCUUGCAGGUUGUGGUGCCAACUGCGUCCUCCUUUCGGUCGGUGGACAUUCUCACGGGCCAGGGAAUCCAGGCCAACAGCCUGCCCUACCAGCCUGAUUUUCUGGACAAUGAAGGCUACGCGCUCAGCUGCAUGGGCGCGGGAUGCCUCUUCUUUGCAGAGCAAGGCAAGCUGCGGGCGCUGCGGACGCACGAUGGAGUCUUCAAAGGGACCGUCCAGCCAAUCAGUGUGGACCCGGCAGGCCUAGCACGGGACGCCACAGGUUGGGCGGAGCCUGAUGUCACUGGCGCCUUCGCUGUGACAGCAGUGGGGGACGUUGUGGCAGUGAUGACCAAGGCAGUGGACGAGGCAACUGGGAAGAGAAAGGUUCAGAUGCUCGGCUUUGCUAUGGACCACGGCGCCCCCAGCCUGUGGCCCCCGCUUGAGUUCCCGCCCGACGGCCAGUUCGGUCCCGUCAAUCACACCGGCUCCUCGUCCUUUUUCUGCCUCGACGGGCGCCUGCUGUGCCACACAGUGCAGGCCAGCUUCUCAGAGCAGAGCUGGUCCUUCCCCCGCCAGAGCGGCGCCGCAGACGGCACCACUGUGCAGCUCGACUCGGCGCGCUACGCACCGCAGGUCAGCGAGAAUUUCAAGCUGGCAGUGUGCCUGGGGGCAGACCGCGACGUCUAUGCGGUCAACCUCAGGACAGGCGCGCAACGGUGGGUGUUCUCCUACGAGGACGCGUCGGCACUCUUCCAACCUGCAAUCUGCGAAGCGCUGUCGCUGCUGGUGCUUGUGGAUGCUCGAGCUGCAAACGGGAAGGGCCGGGUUUCGGGCGUGGAUCUCAAAACGGGCGCGCUGCGCUUCCGGGUUGACAUGGAUGAUGGUCCAUUGGACGGCGCCCUGGCAGACCCAGUGGUCGAAGGCACGACGCUUUUCUUGAGUGGCAACUCCUUCCGUGGCUACGACUUGGCGCGCAUGGCCACCCAGAACAUCCUCCCCCCUCCAGACCCUGCGUUCUCUUUGAAGGACUUAGGCCGGACUGGCACACAGGUGACGGUAGUCAACGGCUCGGCCAUCUUUCCAGCCGGGCGCACCGUCGUGUGCCGCCGUUUCACAGAGAGCACGGCGGCCUACUUCGAUGGCGCUGAGAGCAGCAUUGUCAUCCCGCCAGCUGAUCACGCGUUCAACCCAGGCAGUGGGGACUUCACGUUUGAGGCCUGGGUGCGUACCAGCACGGGUGGUGAGGUCAUCUGCGCGCACCCGGAAGACGGCGCGACGCAUGGGGCGCGCUUCAACAUCGGGCCGCAGGGCGAGCUGCGCUUUGCAGUGAUGGAUAAGGACGGAGAGGGGGUUCUGCACUUGAGCGACAAUACGUCCGCCACAGAUGGGAGGUGGCACCACGUGGCUGCCAUGCGACGGCAGGGCCAGCCCGCUCUCUUUCUGGAUGGCGUCGCGCUCAAACUCUCAUCUAAUGACGACCCUACUACUGCAAUUCAAAGCACAUACGGCCUCCUGCCCGUGUCUGAGCCGCUUCAAAUUACGAUCGGGUGCGCUGCCUGGCAGGGCACUACGGGCAGCUUCUUCAGUGGACUGAUCAAGGACGUCCGGAUUUGGGACCUCGCAGUGGAGGCCCCCAAGCUGCUGAGCCGUAUGGGGGUCGAGCUCACGGGCGCAGAGCCACGCCUGAGCGCCCUCUUACGGCUCGACGAGAGUGCGGUCGAGGAUAUCGAGAACCGGGUUAGCGGAACCAAACCCGCCUGCAACUCACUCCAGAUCGCGUUCACAGACCUGUCCCUGGACAAGAGCGCCUUCCCCUACCUGCUUAACCAGGCCCAGCCCACGUGGCCCUACAGCUACGCCGCGCACUGGGCGGCCAAGGGCGAGGAGGCGCCCGCGAGCGGGGGGUUUUUGGACGUCCGCACGAACGUGUUGUGCUUCCGGACGGGCAACGCGCUGUACGGCGUGCAUGCGGUGGACGGGCAGCGCGCGUGGGCGCUCGAUUUGGAGAGCGCCUCCUCGGCGCCAGCGGUACAUGACGGUUCGUUCUACGUCAUGACGGCCGGUGACGGUCUGCUGGCGAUCGACGCAGCGUCGGGAGAGCAAAGAGUGGUGCCAGGCCUGGAGGGGCUGAGCGCUGGUGGAGAGAGCGGCGAGUUUGUUGCGCCUGUCAUCAGCGGAAGCAUGCUGGUGGUCGCUGACCUGCAGGGCGGUGUGCACGUGCGUACUCCCAAGCCUCGUACCGGCCCGGGAGACGACUCUCCUCUAGAGAACGAGUGGUGGACGCCAAAGGGGCUGCCAGCCUCCGGCCUGCGAGGCCUCUACGCGGACGAGUCUGCGGCUCGACUCAGCACCUGCUACGCGGUGUAUAGCGAAUCGAUCUGGUCCUUCCAACCAGCGACUCCCUUGUCGGAUGCUAACCAGAUAACGGGCGACAACCUGGGUUUGGCGUGUGCGGAGUCGGGCGCACUGUUUUUCGUGGACAGGGCUGGGAAGCAGAUUUUUUCGUGGACGGCAGGCGUGUUUCGAAAGGGAGGACCGCUGGACGGCGACCUCGGCACCAUCACUGGCCUUGCUGCAAGCCAGGACCUCCAACUGCUGGUCGCCACAACGUCUGCCGGAAUCGUUGCCGGUUUCUCACGCGGCACGCUGGACCUACGCUGGACACGCAAGCUGCCGGCGGGGCUGGCUGGGGCGAAGAAGGGGAGCCCGCCACGUGGCGCAACGCUAUUGGACGACGGGCUGCUGCCGCCGCAGAUCUUCAACCAAGAGUCACACUUCCUUCUGCUGACACACGUCUACACAGCGGUGCGGUCGGGCCUCGUCGCAGUCCUGGAUGCUCGCGACGGCUACUUGCUGGCGCUUCUCCCCGUGCCUAGUUGCAUCACCACGCCGCUGACCGUUGACGCGCGCAGCGGGACCAUCUUUUUCGGGUCGUGUGACGUGGUCGGCCGUCAGACGCAAGAUGGCAAGCUGCAGCUGGCAAUAAGCGACGACGGAUCGCUGCAGUCGGUGGCGUUUGGCGCCACUCGGACGCUCGGACUCAACACGGACCAGACCGCAAAUGCGCUGGGACAGCCCGCCAAAGGUGCGCCUGCUUUCGUCGCAAUCGACGUGGCUCAAGGAACCGGAUUAGAGCAGGAGUCAGUGACGGUGGAGGCCUGGGUGAACACCGUCAGCAAAGGAGAGCUCUUGUCGGUGUGCCCUGCGGAGGACUCGCCCUUCGGCAUCUCUCUCCGGCUGCUCGAUGCCGGCAGUAUCCAAUUCACUUGCACCUCGGAAGUUACCUCAACCGCAUGGAAGACGGUUGCUGUGAGCACAGUCCGAACGGCAGUCAACAACGGCGUGUGGCACCACGUGGCGGCCGUCAGAAAACCGGGUGACGCCCUGAACAUCUACUUGGACGGCAACCUGGUUCCCGCAAGCGCCCCAGUCUCGAUCACCGCUACGGCUUCUCCCGGCAAGCUCCUGCCAAAGGGACGCACCUUGAUCUACAUCGGUGCGGACGCACAGUCUCCCGGAGCCGCCCCGCUACCCGGGUCGCUCUUCCGUGGCCUGCUCGGCGAGGUCCGAAUCUGGGACACGUUUCGGACGCCCAUCGAGCUGGCGUCCGCGAUGCACACCAAGCUGCGCGGCAACGAGGCGGACCUGCUCGCCUACUGGAACUUCGACUACCAGGCACGCGGCCCGCACAAUAUUGAAAUUUCCGAAACGCUGUCACAGCCGUCCGAUCUUCACCUAAUGAAGCCAGUCUGA